ACAACUGGCGUUUAGUUAAUUUAAUUCAUGAAUGGUAAAUAUGUUAAGACGACUUCGAUAUCUAAAUCAUUUAAAAACCGUUUUUAGUUUUCCUUUGUAAUAGCACAAUUUGUUAUCAGUGAUUUGGCUAUCACUUUUCUUUAAGACGUUGAAACGGUGUGCAUUAAAUUUACGUAUCACUUAAUAGGGAAUGCAAUCACGUGGAUUAACGUGCAUUAAUUUAUUGUGGAGUGCUCAUAUCGAGUGAAUUUUGAAUUUCUUGCAUGAUAUAGGAAGAAACACCUGUCUUUAAACAGCCGGAGCGGAUUAAUUAGACAUGGCGUUGGCCAUCGGUAUUAAAAUCAGUCCUUCCCGGACACAGUCGUCCAUCGACGCAAAAGGAGGCAGGCAGAAACCCGAUAUAGACUUCGACUUGCUGGUAACGCGAGUCGAAAACACCAUUAUGUCUGAUAAAGAACGUCAAAACAUGGGCAUAACUCCACGGCAACUUAUGUCGCGCAGUAAUCCCGCCUUGUUUGCCGCCGACCGAGAGAAGACGGGCCAUGACCUCACAAAUCCGCGUGAAAUGUACAACAUGUUAUCCCAUAAGACGAAAUCCAUUGAAGAUAUAGCCGCGAAGUUUAAGCAGGAGUUAGCCAAAGCCGGUCAAUUAACUGGAACGCUUCCAAGCUUAUCAAGAACUCGUAGUAUGAAUGAUAUUGACAAAACGUCAGGCGACAGGAUAAAUCACAAGGUGUUAAAUGUUUCAGCAAUGCGCAAUGUCGAUCAGAGACUAGACGUGAUUUUAUUAAACAGACAUAGAACGAGUGUCGACGAUUUCAGACGUACCUCAGAUAGAAAAUACCACGCGAGAACUGUGAACUUACCGCGACUUUCCCGACAGACCAGGCAUCAGAAAGGCGAAAGAGAGUCAGAAACACUUGAGCUCCCGUCUUUACAGGAGCCAAGGCACAUUUCAGAAGAACGAGGGCAAGAUUACGGUAAUAGCCAUGAGGCGCCGAAUAACCGGUUAAUACAAAUCAGAGAAGAACUGUCGGGGUCAGAUUCCAAACUUGAUAAGUGGUUCUCGGAGAUGCCCAAUGAGGAGUUCGACAAAGCGCAACGUGCCAUAUUUGAAGAUAGCAUCAGAGAGAGGUUACAGGAAUUUCAACGGAAGCGACAUCGUAAGAUUAACUUUCCAAAUCAAAGUCUAAACGUGUGCUUAGGGUCAAAAAUGAAACGUGUGCCUAACACGUAUUUGGAGUUACGCGUCGAUUCAUUUGGGAAACAUUUGCAGACUGAAUACAGUCAUGAUAAACUUAGGAAAUACGGACUUCACCAGAAGUCAAUGCAUCACUUGAAGACCAAAGACUUUAGUGACCCAGAACGGAACGUUCACAGGGACGAGAAUCUUCCUCGUAUUGCUCUACAGCAUCGUUCUCUUACUACCUUAGCCCUUACAAAAGCUAAGCAAAAAGGCGAUGGCGAAAAACAGAGCAAACGGAAAAGGGAUUAUAUUGAAAUCCCGACCGCAAAGGGACUUAACACUGUGUACAUGAAUGACAAUUUUGAUUAUUCGGAAAGGGAGCAACGGUUUAAGCAUAGACUCGGGACCAGCAACUACGAAGAGUACACCGAGAGAUUAAACAUGAUGAGGGAAGCAAGUGAGUUUUAUAAUAUCAGAUCGAAUUCGCCAGUUUAUUCUCUUAAUGAUGACGGUGAUGAGGUACAUUGUGAUAAGGAUGGCACUAAAACCGCGACAAUUGUUAAUUUAGCUCUGCCAAAUUCAGCACCAAAGAUUCGAAAGCCUCACCAUAUUAAGAAAACUAUAUUGAAAGAAUCUGAAAAUGCGCAAAAAGCUGAAAAUGAUGAGGUAAAAGAAGACAAUGAAAUCAAUGAAAAUGAAGAAACAUUUGAACACUUUGAAGAUGACAAGGGUGAAAAUCAAGAUUCCGAUAAACCAGGCCCCGUAAUAACAAAAAUUCCGACCGCACAGUCAUCGAGAACCUCCGAAUCGAAGUCCACAUCCUCGUCAAUUUUGAGUAAUAAAGAAGCGCUGAAGAAAUUUAACAAGCUUGAAGUGUUCGCUGAACACGGUAAAAUGGCAAACACUCUGCAACAGAGGAAUAAUUUCAAGGAGUUUAAGGUGCGCAGUUCUGACGCGCUUAGAAAUGUAAAUUUACCACAAUCGUUGAAGUUAGAUACUCGGUAUCAGACACAACCGCAUUCAACCACGGGCGUGAUACGUGAUGAGAUAAACAUCCCAGUAAAUGAUCGAAAACCGGAAGUCGUCUUUCGUUUUGAACCGGGCGAGGUGCACAUUACUCGCAGUAAUGCCAACCAAACGUUCCUAUACUCAAGAUCAAGCGAACGAGCGCGGGUCAUUUAUGGCAAAAUACACAGUCACAGCAAAGAACAUCUAUCAAGGAAAGACUCGAGAUUCAAAGAAGAGUUUAAAGACGGGCAUUCUAUGGCAACGAUGAGCACAAAAUUGGGUGCAUACAAAUCAGAUCUUAGGCGAUUUGAAAGCCGUGCCGUUGACGGUAGCCUAGACUCAACGUCACCAAGACCUGAAGAAACCGCGCAAAAUGAUAUGCUCGUCAUCGGCAAUGAAGCGACAAUACGUCACCAUGGUUACUCUACCGCAACAAAAAAUCAAACGGACUCUAAAGCAAUAUCGUAUAAACGCGAUGCAGCGAUGGAAACAGAUAUAAUAGGUUCGGAAAAGGCGUCACAAAGACUCUCAGAACACACGUCAGAGCGACGUCAAAGCGCUGAAGAUCUUUCUGAGCCCAGAAGUUGCUCAGGACUAAGCGAUUAUAUUGUAGAAAACAAUGACGGAGAAAGUUUGACAAGCGAUGGCGAGGAAGCGAUGGAAAUAGAACUAUCGAGUCGAUUGAAAUCCAAUCACAGUGUGUGAUCCCUUAAAUCAUUUAAGUUAAAUGCCAUCUUUCAUUAAAUGCUUGAGAAAAUGCACUAUCCAUGUGUAUGGUACUGAGAAAUGGAAUGUAUAUUUUUUUAUUACAUGAAAGAGACAAGUACUGCGUUCAUUAACGGGUUUUCUCUGACUAAAUAGACAUAGUAGGAAUGUGGUUUGACAAAUGUACAGUCAUUAACCUUCAACAGUUCAAAACAAAUGCUGUAACAUGUAUACAAAUCUUGCAAAACAAGUCCAUAAAAGGCAGUUUCAAAGUUUUGAGCGAUUAGAAUUGUAUUUGCUAAAAAUAACAGUUUGCACGUUGUGUUAUCUUUGUUGUUCAUAUUAUAAGAUUUGAAAAGCAUAUUUUUUUUAUUUUUUAUGAGUAAAGAUUUAUGUUCCAUACAAAAAGUCUUCCUGUCGGACAUAAGCUAUUAUUUGUUACAACAAGAAGGCAUCGUCUGCACGUGUUCAUGUUUUUCAGCUAACACAACAUAUGGUUUCGCUGUGUUCGGUAUUUGUUAGUUGUUGAAGAGAAACACCGCAUGAGUAAUAUUCAAUAGUAUGAACGGUUUCGAUAUUCCCACUAUACCUUGCAGAUUUGUUAAUAUGACUCAUAUACAGUGCCGGAUUAGCACCUUGGAGGCCUAAUGAUUCAAGUUUUUAAAAUUAUCGCGCGUUAACGUUUUGUUAACAAACGCGUGCACAUCUAUCACUCGAUGACUUCACUCAAUUAAGACUUUUAACAACUGUUAAUGUUAUUUUAUAUUUGAAUUACGACUGAAAUUCAUUAAAAUUAAAUAUAACCGCACUUGUCUGUCAACUUCUUGAAUAGAUGUGACAUGGUAUAACAAUUUCCAAUCCGUAUUUCACAUCUUUCUGCAUAUACAAUACAAUGUAAUAUAGGCCGCAGAAGUCUCGUUUUACAUUCGAAUUGUAAGAAUGCCACUUUUCUUUAUAUUUGCAGCACCAUUACUGUAUUGCCCAUGGUAAUUAUGUUGUGUCCGAAAAAUGACACUAAUCGUCUCUUUCUUAUUAAGAACAUGCCAGCUUAAUAUUGGUUUCUUAAAAAAAAAUAUUUCUAGAAGUAAAUAAAACUAAAAUAGCAAAUAAGAAUGUUCGUUUAAGUCAAGAAGAAGGUAUAUCUUCAAGCCGUAAAAUUAUAGGUUUUCGUUCAGUAUUAGACAUAAGUAUUUUAGUCAUAUAUUCAUUUCCAAAAUAUUGAUAACUUUCUACGGCUUGCGUGGUUUGUGUAAAGAUUUGUUCAUACGCCACAUUGACAAGAUUUGUUCAUACGCCACAAUCACAGGCUUUGUUCAUACGCCACAUUGACAAGAUUUGUUCAUACGCCACCUAGACAAGAUUUGUUCUUACGCCACAUGGUCAGGCUUUGUUCAUACGCCACAUUGACAAUAUUUGUCAAUACGCCACAUGGUCAGGCUUUGUUCGUACGCCACAUUGACAAGAGUUGUUCAUACGCCACAUUGACAAGAUUUGUUCAUACGCCACAUUGACAAGAUUUGUUCAUACGCCACAUGGUAAGGCUUUGUUCAUACGCCACAUUGACAAGAUUUGUUCAUACGCCACAUGGACAGGCUUUCUUCAUACGCCAGAUUGACAAGAUUUGUUCAUACGCCACAUUGACAAGAUUUGUUCAUACACCACAUGGACAGGCUUUGUUCAUACGCCACAUUGACAAGAUUUGUUCAUACGCCACAUUGACAAGAUUUGUUCAUGCGCCACAUGGUCAGGCUUUGUUCUUACGCCACAUUGACAAGAUUUGUUCAUACGCCACAUUGACAAGAUUUGUUCAUACGCAAAAUGGGCGAAAUUUGUUCAUACGCCACGUUGACAGGCUUUGUUCAUACGCUACAUUGACAAGAUUUGUUCAUACGCCACAUUGGCAAGAUUUGUUCAUACACCACAUGGGCAGUCUUUGUUCAUACGCAACAUCGACAAGAUUUGUUCAUACGCCACAUUGAUAAGAUUUGUACAUACGCCACAUGGACAGGCUUUGUUCAUACGCCACAUCAACAAGAUUUGUUCAUACGCCACAUUGGCGAGAUUUGUUCAUACGCCACAUGGACAGGCUUUGUUCAUACGCGACAUGGACGAGAUUAGUUCAUACGCUACAUGGACAGGCUUUGUUCAUACGCGACAUGGACGAGAUUUGUUCAUACGCAACAUGGACGAGAUUCGUUCAUACGCUACAUGGACAAGAUUUAUUGAGAUUGACCUAGAGUUAAGAAUGAAUGUGUAAUAAUAAAUUUGAUUUAACAUUUGGUUUUUGAUUUAAAUAAGUACGCUUUUGAUUUAAGUUAAAUUUGUCUCGAUCAAAUUUGUCCUUUUACUGGUGUUGUUCAAAGUAUGAGCAAAUGAAAUUUUACAUUUGAAUCGUAUAUAGACUCUUUAAUGAUAAGACAUCAUCAUUUUUACAAUCACAUGUUGGGUGCGAUCAUAUUGGAAUUGUUAAUUCAAAGGUGUUCAUAUUUGUAAACAAGUUAUUUAUCUAAGUGUUGAAUCUUUGUAGAUCGAUUGAUAUUUACGCUUGUAAACAAUUUAUUUAUGUAUUUAUGG